CAUUGCUUAAGGUGCAAUGAACUCCACAUUCAGGAAAUAUACCUUUAGAUAAACUGAAAUAUAUCUUUCAUAAAUAAUUUGUGGUUAAGGAAUUGGGACUAAAAAAACGGACUUCCCGAAAUGCUCCACUAAUCUUUGGCUCUGGACCGCCCACGCCCAUCGCCUCCAGGGUUACGAGCGAUGUGGGCGGCCGAGAAGAGAAGGGGGCCUGCUGCCUCAUGGGUCCUCGCUCUCCUUUGCCUCGCCACUGGUGUUACGGCUGAAGAGCAGAUGUUCCUGGUGACUCCCAAGAGCGUUCAGGUGAAAGCUGGUGAUGAUGUGUUCUUCAGGUGUGUCGUUCGGAACCAGCAGGGAAAUGCUCAGUGGACGAAAGAUGGAUUUGCCCUCGGUAAGUGGUCGUUCAAGUGACUGGAAACUUGCUUUCACUUUGUUUGUCUUAUCCACGUAUUCC